AACAUGUUUGUUAGUCAAAAAAUUGAAAAUAAAUAAGGGAGACAAAUAAUGUUUAAUAUUGAAAAAAACUUAUAUUAGACUAAAUUGAAUGCUUCUAGAAUUUUACAAGAGGACUAAAUACAAAUAUAGAUAAAAUGUUAUUAAAUUAGAUUAUGAGAAAGAAUUAGAAGUAGUUGUUGUUGUUGUUAGAUAGAUAAUUCGAUACUUUGCUUAAGUAUAAGUACCCUGUAAAAAAAAUUAAAAUUAAAGAAAGCGUUAUAGUAUAAAUAAUUAUAAAAUAUUAGUAGAUCACCUCCUCUGCUUCAAAAAUGGAUUCAUCCACAAAGCCUACCUUUAAUCCCUAAUCCUCUUUCUGUCUAACUUAUCAAACCCUAGAUUCAAUUUCCCAAAUAGCACUUCCUUCGUAGAUAGAAGUAGAAAGUAUUAUUUAAUUAAUUGUUUAUGUUUAUUUAUAUGUGAAUUCGGACUAUGAAACCAGCUGAAUCAAAAGGCUCGGGCUCAGAUCACUGAGUGUGGGAGAAAUCUGGUGAAAUAAGGAGGAGAGUGGGAAAAAGUUUGGUUUAGUUUUUUGGGUUUUGUGGUUGUGUGAGGUAUGCAUAGAUCUGGAGUAACGAUGGCUUGGAAUGUGUUUAAGUUCUGUACAGCUCUUCGUGGUCUGGGCUCGAUCAUGAUCCUUUUGGUUCUUGGGGUCGUGGGUGUUACCUAUUACGCUGUCGUUUUGACUAAUUAUGGACCAGCUCUCUACGACGGUGGUCUUGAUUCUCUCAUUGCUUUUAUUGUCUUGAUCUUGUUCCAUUCCUUGUUGGUGAUGCUUUUAUGGAGUUAUUUUUCUGUUGUUUUGACUGAUCCGGGUAGUGUUCCGCCUAACUGGAGACCUGCUGUUGAUGAAGAAAUAGGGGAGGCUGACCCCUUGAAUGGCUCUGAGUUCACUAGUUUGCAGACUGACCCAUCUAAUCAAAGGGUUCGGUACUGCCGAAAGUGCAACCAGCUUAAACCGCCUCGUUGCCAUCAUUGCUCUGUUUGUGGGCGGUGCGUGCUGAAAAUGGACCACCAUUGUGUAUGGGUUGUUAACUGCGUAGGGGCAUUAAAUUACAAGUACUUCCUUCUUUUCUUGUUCUACACAUUUCUGGAGACAAGUCUAGUGACGUUAUCGUUGCUGCCACAUUUUAUUGCAUUUUUCAGUGACGGAGAAAUUGCUGGAACGCCAGGAACCCUUGCAACUACAUUUCUUGCCUUUGUUUUGAAUCUGGCGUUUGCUUUAAGUGUCAUGGGGUUUCUGAUCAUGCAUAUAUCCUUGGUAUCAGCAAAUACCACAACUAUUGAGGCUUACGAGAAGAAAACCACUCCAAAAUGGCGAUAUGACCUUGGCCGGAAGAAGAAUUUUGAACAGGUGUUUGGGACAGAUCAACGGUACUGGCUCAUCCCAACAUAUUCUGAAGAAGAUUUGCGGCGAAUGCCCGCACUUCAGGGUCUUGACUAUCCAUCUAAGCCUGAUUUCGAUUGCCAGUAGUUAUGUGAAGCGAGAAUUAUUUUAUAUGCCAAGACAGCCAAAAAUUUUCUUUGUAAAUUAGAUAUGGGACCCCUGCACAAGGGUCCCUUUACAAUCAUAAUUGAUCCAACUACUUACCAUACUGAAGAUCACUCAUCCCACGGCCAUAUUAUAGAAAAUUUAACAGCUUGUAGAGAGAGAGUGAGGCUGAAGGGGGCAACAGAGUUGAGAAGGAGCAAGAAUGCAAGAUAAGAAAUAGUGGUUUAUGGGUCUAAGAAUUGUAGGAGAAGGCAUCCUUGAUGUUUUAUUUAUAAUUUUCUCGAGAAAGUUGGAAGUGUAAAAUACAAAUGUUAACUCACCUGUUUUUUCUUAAUCUAUCUAAAUUAUAUGUGGCUUAAGUUAA